AUGGGCUCUCGCCGUCGUCCUCCUACCACCCUAGUCUUCCUGGUGUUGCUGCUAUGCCUCUUCUAUGCGCCGCGCUGGGUACUCUCGCUGUCCUUCAACCUCAACUUCUCCGACCCCAGCGCCGGUUCAUCCAUGGACCUCGCCGGCGAUGCAUCCAUCAGUUCGUCACGGCUGGAGCUGACAAAAAGUGAACGCAAUACAAAGAUUCAGGACAGCGUCGGCCGGGCGUCCUACACGCACAAGGUGCCGCUAUGGAGCAAAGCCACCGGCGAGAUGGCUAGCUUCACCACCACCUUCUCCUUCCUUAUUACUCCCGACAAGGACAGCCUGCCGGAUACAGGCGAUGGGAUGGCCUUCUUCCUCGGCCAUUUCCCUUCGGUGCUCCCGCUAAACAGCACGGGCGGCAGCCUCGGCCUCCUCCCGUACUUGACUAACGGGACAGGCGACAGCCGGAUCGUCGCCGUCGAAUUCGACACUUUCCGCAACGAGCAAUAUGCCGAUAUCAACAGGAACCAUAUCGGCAUCAACGUCAACUCCCUCAACUCAACGGCGUUCACGGACACGACCACCUGGCCGGGAAAGAACCUCACAUCGCUCAGUGUUAUUAUGAAAGCCACGGUGAAGUACCAGAAUGACUCCAAGAGGCUGGGUGUUGAUCUCCUCAUCGACGAUGCCCUGUACCAUGUAAACGCUACCGUCGAUCUCAGCAGAUACUUACCGGAGGAGGUCGCCGUGGGCUUCUCCGCGGCUACAGGCGACGUCGCCGAGCUGCAUCGGAUACUGUCAUGGUCCUUCAAUUCCACGCUUGAAUCAAAGAAGGAAGCAGCUCCACCUGCCGAACCUCCUCUUCCAAUUCCAGCCAGCAGUAACAACCACAAAAAAUUGGUACCAAUCCUACCAGCCAUCUUAGUUACUCUGCUUUUUCUGUUGGUCUGUGCGGCAGCGGUGCUGGGAUGGCGGCAACACAAGAAAAGAAGAGCAAAUGAUGACAGCGAAGAAGACUGUGACGACAGAGCUGAUCUCGAGAGAGGUGUGGCGGCCGUCGGACCGAGACGGUAUAUGCACCACGAGCUUGUGACCGCAACGAGCAAUUUCGCAGAGGACGAGAAGCUUGGGCGAGGCGGUUUCGGGAGCGUUUACCGGGGUCAUCUCACAGUCACACUCGCAGGUGCAGUCGGUGGUGACCAAGACUGUCGUGCGGUGGCGGUGAAGGUGCUGUCUGCAGACUCGUCGUCCCAAGGGAGAAAGGAGUUCGAGGCAGAGGUGAGGAUCAUCAGCAGACUGAAGCAUCGCAACCUUGUGAAGCUGCUGGGCUGGUGCGACAGUCGCAAGGGGCUCCUGCUUGUCUACGAGCUUGUCACGGAGGGCAGCCUAGAUAGGCACCUCUACAGCAACGACGGCAGCUAUCUGACAUGGCCACAGAGGUACAACAUCAUCCUUGGCUUGGGAUCCGCGCUGCACUACCUUCACGGAGAGUGGGAGCAGUGCAUUGUCCACGGUGACAUUAAGCCCAGCAACAUCAUGCUCGACUCGUCGCUCAGCACCAAGCUCGGGGACUUCGGGUUGGCCAGGCUUAUCGACCACGGCGCUGGGUCAGGGCAUACCACCAAGGCCGUGCUCGGCACCGUCGGCUACAUCGACCCUGAGCUCGUCAACACACGCCGGCCGUGCACCGAAUCAGACGUGUACAGCUUCGGUGUCGUCCUCUUGGAGAUCGCCUCUGGCCGACGACCGGUGAUCGAGACCUCUGAGAGAUCCUUCACGCUGCUCAGCUGGGUGUGGAACCUGUACGGCAGGGAUGCGAUCCUUGACGCGGCCGACGAGCGGUUGAAGGGCGGCGUGGCGGCGAGCGGUGGAUGCAGCGGGUACUCGUCGUCGGGCUCUGGUGCGCGCACCCAGACCGGAGCGAGCGGCCAUCCGUGGCACAGGCCAUGCACGUCCUGCAGUCCUACGAGGCGAGGCUACCGGCGCUCCUGA